GUAGUCGUGUCGACGCAGGUGUCGUACAUCCUGAUCGUUUGACAACAUUCACCGUUUUCUCUUACAGAAAACAAACAUGUAACAUUUAUCCACACUACGAGGAUUGUGUCCGUUUAAGACUAAUUUGGUGCCGUUGCAGACUGUGUAUUAGUGACACCGAGGUCAAGUGAAGAAAAAAGGAAGGGCUAAUUUGCUGAUGGACGUAGUAUUGUGCGUUUUCCUUGUGCAAUCGUUUUGCUAUUUAGCUUAAUCGGUGGAAAUGAGCCUGGACAUGUAGCUAAUGUGGAGUUUUCUGUGAAACAUCCUCGACCUUUUUUCAGGUGUAACUGUGUGUUGUGUGUGCUCCGUGGGGGGACUACAGGCCUUUGAUGUGUGUUAAUUGUCUACUUUGAAACAUUAGCAGGGGUUUGUUUGGUUCAGUUAGUUUGCUAACAGGUCAGGGAGAAGAUACGAGUUACCGCGGCAUACACGUCAACGUUACAAUGAGUUUCUUCAGUUUUGGGCAAAGUGCAGAAAUUGAUGUGGUCCUGAAUGACGCUGAAACGAGGAAGAAGGCUGAACACAAGACUGAAGAUGGAAAGAAAGACAAAUACUUUCUUUUCUAUGAUGGCGAAACUGUCAGUGGAAAGGUGAAUGUCACACUGAAGAACCCCGGGAAGAGGCUGGAGCACCAAGGGAUCAAGAUUGAAUUUGUUGGCCAGAUAGAGCUGUAUUAUGACAGAGGAAACCAUCAUGAGUUUGUUUCCCUGGUUAAAGAUCUUGCGAGACCUGGUGAAAUAACUCAGUCACAGACCUUCGACUUCGAGUUCACUCAUGUUGAGAAACCUUACGAGUCCUACACAGGCCAGAAUGUUAAGCUAAGAUACUUCCUUCGUGCUACAGUGAUCAGAAGACUAAAUGACAUCAGUAAAGAGAUGGACAUUGUGGUCCACACACUGAGCACUUACCCUGAACUCAACUCCUCCAUUAAAAUGGAAGUUGGAAUUGAGGAUUGCCUCCACAUUGAGUUUGAGUACAACAAAUCCAAGUACCACCUGAAAGAUGUCAUUGUGGGAAAAAUCUACUUCCUGCUGGUGAGGAUUAAAAUUAAGCACAUGGAGAUUGACAUAAUCAAACGUGAGACAACGGGCACCGGCCCAAGUGUAUACCAUGAAAAUGACACUAUUGCCAAGUACGAAAUCAUGGAUGGUGCACCGGUCAGAGGAGAAUCCAUUCCCAUACGGUUAUUUCUGGCUGGCUAUGAUCUGACUCCGACCAUGCGAGACAUCAACAAGAAGUUCUCUGUGCGCUACUACCUGAACCUGGUGCUGAUCGAUGAGGAGGAGAGACGCUACUUCAAACAGCAGGAAAUCACACUGUGGAGGAAAGGCGACGUGGUGAGGAAGAGCAUGUCUCACCAGGCCGCCAUCGCCUCUCAGAGGUUCGAGGGCUCAGCCGCUUCAGAGAGCGCACUGGAACAAGCCGCGAGGGAGGAGAGCGGAUAGAGGCAGCGCCACCGCCGCCCUUAACUCCGCCCCCCUCCCCCAGUCUCCUCACACAAGACUCAUCUGCGUCUUGCAGAGCGGCGGAGGCCCCUGUCAACUGUACAACAUCUGGUCAAGCAGCUGUUUUAUUUGCUGGCAAAGGGAGGAAGAAGGGAGACCGAAAUACAGUAAUACAGUAUGUGAACAAUGAAACAGUUUGCAUGAGGCAUUCAAAGUGGCUUCAGGCUGCUGGUCUUGACCUUCCUCAUUAAUGCUUUUUUUUUCUUUUUUUUUUUGUCUUUAUGGGAAUCAAACUAAUCACCUGUCACGAUAUCCACUGUGUAAAAUCUCUUGUGAAAUUCUUGGAUUUUUAAGCCUUCUCUCUGUUACAUUCUCACGCUUUUUGGGGGGAUAAAUUGAUUUCUAAUCUCUUAAUUAAUGCAACUGAAUUGUCAUGAAUUUUCAGUAUAAUGUAUCUCCAACAUUCCACGUUUAAUAAUUGCAUUCCUAACAUUGUGUAGAAGGUCAAUAAAUCUGAGAUAACUUUGCACUGCUAUAUCUUGCUGAACACAUUUUUCUCCUUGUGUUUGUGUAUGUUUGCACACACACAAAAAAAAUUUAUGGUGGAAGCGGAAACUGGAAUCUUUUUCCUUUUUGACCUUUUUAAGUAUUAACCCAUGCAUUUAAAAAAAAAAAAGAAAUCUGUAAAUAAGACCAGCUAAAUCCUGUUAUCCUGUUCCA